GGCACGGGCGUGGGGUGCUGGCAGGGCGCGCGCGCGCGCGCGCACGCGCGUGCUGGCCGCUAGCCGACCGGGCCCUGAGCCGCCGAUUCCUGCCGAGUGUAGAGAGGAGAGAGUGAACAGGGAGCGGGGCUUUUGUCUGUUGGUCUCCCUGGACUGAAGAGAGGGAGCAUAGAAGCCCAAGACUAUUAAGAUUCUCGAAAUGGUUUACUACCCAGAACUCUUUGUCUGGGUCAGUCAAGAACCAUUUCCAGACAAGGAAAUGGAGGGAAGGAUUCCUAAGGGAAGACUUCCCGUCCCAAAGGAAGUGAACCGCAAGAAGAUCAAUGAGACCACUGCUGCCUCCCUGACUCCACUGGGCAGCGAUGAACUCCGCUCCCCAAGUAUCAGUUACCUCCACUCUUUUUAAUCGUAACACCUCCAUUUGUAUUACAUAUGGUGUAUGGGUAUUGAUGAGGUCAUGGUAUCAUAUAUGGGAUUUUUUUCUGUGUAAAUCAUCAAGUAUACGAAGAAACUAUGGGACUCUGAGCCUUGCUUUAGAGAAUUUACAGUGGACAAAUAGGUAUCAUCAAACCAGUUUUUAAUCAUUCUGACUCAAGUGAAAAUGCUCAGAAUUUCACACUGUGAAUCCACGUUUACAACCCCCCUACAGGUGGGCCUUCAGGCCUGGUUCGCUACAACAGUGUCUUCCACAACUCAAACUCCCACUGCUCUCACACAACUGGUCCACUCCUGCCUUUUCACUCACACAGCUCCCGACUGCUUCUUGCAGAGGCUGAGAGUCCCCAUUUUUUUUUUUCAUUUAGAUGUAACAAGCCUAGUAGUUUAUGUUCAUCAAUUGUCUGUAUAUCUCUAUAUUUUAUCCAUGUACUCUUUUGAUGUAUAGAAGUAGUUUGAAACUCAUUGUUUCCUUGUGGUAAGUGACCGAGAUGCUGCCACAGGACCUGAGACACUGAUGAAUGGUGCUAUUUUGGACUUUCAACAUGCUCCUUGGCGAGGUAGCUCUGAUGGA